UGACUGAGUAUAUGUCCUAAGCAACUUAAACUCUUUCUAAGAACAUGAUGGCAGUAUAACUGUUCUGAUUGUGACUCGUGGAGAAGAAGAGGAAGGCUAAACGCUCAAUCUAUAAAUAGUGCCCAGACUGGUGACUGAGUAUAUGUCCUAAACAACUCAAACUCUUUCUAAGAACAUGAUGGCAGUACUGUUUGUAUAUCUUGGAUUUAUAGUUUUUGGAAUAAUUGUUCUUCGUUUUCUCUAUUGUUUCAUAGACAACAAUGGCCUCCCUCGAAACUGGCCAUUUGUUGGGAUGAUUCCCACGUUACUUCUCAACAUCCAUCGCCCUCAUGACAAAGUUGCCCAAGUCCUCAGACGAAGCAAUGGUACCUUCUUUUAUAGAGGACUUUGGUUUACUAACACCAGCUUCUUAGCCACCUCCGAUCCUGAGAAUGUGCGUUAUAUAUUGAGUUCCAACAGUUCUGUUUAUUUGAAAGGUCCUGAAUGGCUAAAACAGUUUGAUAUCUUCGGCGAAGCAAUUUUCAAUUCCGACUGUGAGGCAUGGAAAUGUCACCGCAGAGUUUUCCAUGCUUUCUUGAAUCACCCUCAGUACCGGCAAUCACUUUCAAAGGUUCUCCAUCAGCGUAUAGAGGAAGCGCUUGUUAAAGUUCUUGAAUAUGUUUCUGGACGAGAGAUGGUGGUGAACUUGCAAGAUUUGUUGGUAAGGCAUGCGUUUGACAUUGGUUGCAUAACGGGCGUGGGCUUCAACCCUGGCCUACUCUCCAUUGAAUUCCCUGAGAAUCGGUUCCAAAAAGCCAUGAGUGAUACUCUGGAGGCAGCUUUUUACAGAUAUGUAGCGCCUGACAGUCUUUGGAAGUUGCAGAGUUGGCUUCAGAUUGGGAAAGAGAAGAAACGGAGUGAUGCUUGGAAGGCUCUUGAUGAUCUUUUAACACAAUUUAUAUCGACCCAACGCCACAAAUCCAACAAAUCAGUGGCAUCCUCAGGCUCAAAUGAAGAGAAUGAUUUCAAUUUCUUGAACUUUUACCUGACAGGACAUGAGAUAACAGGCCCAACACCGAAAGACAGUCUUAUAAGAGACAACGUUAUACAAUUUUUGUUUGCCAGUAAUGAUACUUACAGUUUAACUCUUACUUGGUUCUUCUAUCUCAUCUCCAAGGCACCCAUGGUUGAAAACAAGAUCAGAGAAGAAAUAAAGAGACACUUAUCAAUGAAACAAGUGGAGGGAAGCUUGCAAAUACCAUCCAACUACGACGAGUUGAGUAAGCUAACAUAUCUUCAUGCAGCGUUGUGCGAAACCCUACGGCUAUAUCCACCGAUUCCGUUCAAUUUCAGAACAUGUACAAAGCAGGGAUAUCUUCCGAGCGGUCAUCGAGUCGAUCAAAAUACCCGAAUCAUAAUUGGAAUACAUGCAAUGGGAAGGAUGGAAAGCUUAUGGGGAGAAGAUUGCUAUGCGUUUAAGCCAGAAAGAUGGAUUGGUGAAGAUGGGAAGAUUAAACGAGAGUCGCCAACUAGAUUUAGCGCAUUCCUUGCGGGGCCAAGGAUUUGUCCAGGGAAAGAGGUGUCGUUUCUCUUGAUGAAGGCUACCGCAACAGCCAUAAUUCAUAACUACAACGUUCAUGUGGUGGAAGGGCAGAAUAUUGGUCCCAAAAACAGUGUGGUUUAUCAGAUGAAGAAGGGGUUAAUGGUUAGGAUUAAGAAGAGAUGGAGUUAAGGAAUUUGCAGGGUUAAAGUGGUAAUUAAGAAGUGUUACCAUAUGUAUACUUAUAUAAUCAUAAGUGUUAUAUUGUAUUAAAUACUCUAAGUUGAAUCCAAUAUAUACUUUUUACAAUGUUGUGUAA